AUUUUUUCACCCUCCACCUAAUCAGUCCUUCUAUUUUCAUCCACUCAUCCGGGGCCUAGUCGUGGGGGCAGCAGGCCAAGUAAAGCACUUUCCUCUGCAAAGCUUUCCAGCUCCUCCUGGAGGACCCCGAGAUGUUCCACGCCAGACGGGGGUAAAAGGUGGAGUCAGUCGUUGGGGCGGUGCUCAGCGGCAAACUAAAGAACAAAGUGCUCUGGUGCGCCAAUAGUUUCUCAUCUGUCUUGCGGAGACGACAUCAAGGACCAAUAUACAUUUAUAUUCACCUAAAAAUCAUUACUGCUUUUUUAAAAAUUACUUUUUUUUUUAAAGGUAAAUAUUUGUCGGCAUUUUUGUCGAGGCUGACUCACCUGAAGGAGGCUCGAGACUUUGCAGCAGUGACGAAUUUCAGGUGCAUCUUAAACUGGACACACAUGGAUGUCAGCAGGAGGCCCAAUGAUGCUCCCCACUUCAGUGUUUGCGGCGUCAGCACCCAAUAGUCACGUCAGCCAGUUGAGCAGAUACUUGAACAGCCACCACAACACGCCUGAAGAGGACGAUGAGACCAUGAGCACAGAGGAGCGAGAAGCCAGCACACUCCACAAACCAGACUCCACCCCUAACCCUGAUGGCCACCACCGCCCUCCAGAGCACGCUGUCUUCUCUGACCACUCCCUGUUCAGCACACAGAGGCUGGGCAGAGAGCAGGAACACAAACACACUCUCCCUCACCCUGGCUUGAGCUACGGACUCUACCAGCCUCCCCGCAGCUUACCUGCCGGGUACAGCCAGCCCACUCCGUUCCCCAGCCAGGCCGAUGGCACAUGGCUCCACCCGAGCUUCGCCAGCAGCUGGACGGGGUAUCCCAACAGCCUGCCGUCCUCUCUAACCCAGAAGGACUGCUCCAGCUGUUCUGACGAUAGCUGCCUCUCAGGGUACAAGUUCUUGUCCCUCCCUGGCCAGCACAGCACCAGUAUGAGCACCUUAGAGCAGCCGCUGUCUCUCUGCUCCAACCUGCCUUCAGGCAACUUGUGCCACCAUACAUUGUCUCCGUACUCGUGUUCGCCCCAGGGAGCCGCCUGCUGCGCACAGUGCCCUGCGGAUGCCUUCAACAGGGGGCCUGUGGCCAACAAACCUCCCUGGCCUCAGUACCACCCAGCGUACGGCCCGUACUAUCCAGGCGCCUGCAGACUUCCUGGAGCUGGAUACACACACAUCAGCCGCAACGUGCCAGCUAAAGAGAAGCAGCCCCCUCAGAGCACCUCGCUCUCUCUGGAGCAGAGGAAGGUGUUUGUGACUUAUGAAGCGGACAACGACAAGCACGUCAAUGAGAUCAUCAACUUUGUUGCUCUGCUGCGACACAAUGGCUUUGACACGCAUAUUGAUAUUUUUGAGCAGCAGUUCAGGAGCAUAAGCAAGAUAGACUUCAUGGAGCGGUACCUCAGUGAGAAAGAGUACCUGAUCAUCAUCAUCAUCAGUCCCAAGUACUACGAGACAGUGACGGCCUCUCCUGUCGGCCUGGAGAACGACGAGAGGACCUUCAACACUGUUUACAUACACAAACAGCUCCAGAAUGAGUUCAUCCAGAAUGGAAGCAAGAAUUUCAGGUUUAUUCCCAUUGUGUUCCCCGGGGCUAAAAAGUGUCACGUCCCGAACUGGCUCCAAAACACGCACGUUUAUGAAUGGCCGCUCCAUCGGGAUGACAUCCUGCGGCGGCUGAUGAGGGUGGAGAAGUACAAUCCACCUCCUAUUGGGGAACUACCGACCAUCGUUUCCAUCCCCAUAUAGAGACCGUCGACCUGAAGACUCAGACUGGACUGAAAUCUUUGAAAGAAACUUGCUUUUUGGAGAACUGCUGGUCAUUCUUGAGGUGAACGGGGAAACACGAGCAGGAUAUUUUUAUUUUACUUAAUUGUAUGUGUGAUGUUAAAGGAAUACUUCACCCCUCAUUUGUAUAUCAGUUAGUCACCCUGUGUUGUGUUGAAUGCGUGAAGAAAACUUUGUUUUGCUUGCAUACCUCCACAGUAGGUCUGCACCCCCAGACUAAGAAUUUUCUUAGUCAACCAGCAGUCGUCAUUUAGGUCCAUUAGUCGACUAGUCGCCUGCAUGUUUACGAUAAUAAUGUAAUUAUUAAAUGAUAUAUUUUGGUGGUUUGAGUUGAAGGUGUGA